UAAAUUUUGAAUUCAAGCUACAAAGUGACAUUGAUUUUUAGCAUGUUCCCCGUCCUUCCAGAGAGAGACUUUUAUAACAUUGAAUAUACGUAACUCAAAAUAAUAAUAAAUAUGAAACCAUUAAUAGAACUUAUUAUUGGUUGUGCUCAAGUGGUAGCUCGUGCAUUCACUAGGGCAGUCCAGGAGGAAUUUAAAGCCAGUCAGCAGGCAGCUCAGAGAGCAGGGGGAGGGAGACAGGGGGCUAGAAGAGCCGCUAAUGAUACCGUAUCAGGAAUUAGUUUACAGGAGGCCAAACAGAUUUUGAAUGUAAACAAUUUAGAAGAUGUAGAAACUGUUGAGAAAAACUACAAACAUUUAUUUGAAGUCAAUGAUAAAGCUAAAGGAGGUUCUCUAUACUUACAGUCCAAGGUAUAUCGAGCAAAGGAAAGAAUUGACAUGGAGUUUAAGAAAUCUGACCAGGAAUCAGGGACUAGUGAUGCUAAAGAGGAAUCUAAAACUUAACAAAAGUGUUUCCUUAAAGUUACUUCAGUGUUAAACAUCAGUCUGUGAUCAAAUGUAAACUUCAUAGAAGAAAGAAGGGAGGAAGAAAUGUGGGCUUUCACGUUCAUACAGCUGUAAGAGAUAGAGCAAGUGUAACAUUUAUCUGGCUGUUUGUAGACCAUAUUGGAGUGAUCAUCUUCACUAAUUAUUACAUGUGAGAGACGCAUCUGAGGAGAAAUUUGAUUUUUGUGAACUAGUAUGUGAUCAUUGUUUUAUUAUUAUUAUUCAUUUUUGAAUGAUUUUAAUCCAUUAGAAUUGUUAGUCAGCAAGACUCCUAUAACUCAGGAAGGCAAUGGUUAUUAAUUAAGUUAGAGUAUAAUGUGAUAAUGAAGGAAAGCAUGAUCACUAAGCUAUGAGGAAUUCAUUCGUAUAAAGUUCUUAAUAGUAUGUAAAACGAGUCAUAAUAUUCACCUUUUUAUUUUCAGGAUGAUUUUUUUAUCACAAUUGAUUAAAAAAUGAGUCAUAAAAAUUCAAUUCAGAAAUGUCACAUGUGU